AUGCACGUUGCGCGCAUUCUCGUUUUGGCAAUAUGUUGGCCGACUGGCUCAUCAGGUGCCCGCGACGAUUCGUUGCAUGCUCAGAUGGAGUUGGAAAUUGUGCAAAAUUCUGUGAUGGUCCGCGACCGUCAUGGUGACACGACGAAAAGCAAAUUGAAUCAUCACACUGGCAAAAGGGAAGAGGAGCCCAAGGGCAGCCGUCACAAGUCAAUUGGCAAGAAUCAAAACAGCACAUGGAAUAUUACGAGCCCAUUUUGGCAGAACGAUGUGUCCUACUUUCUGGGCUUCGGCAGGGCCGAGGACGAUAAUUCAACGAAGUGCGAUGAGGAGCAUGCGAUGGCCGAUCAAGACAAACAAAAUGGGGGGAGUGCGACAGUUGGCAACUGGUUAAGUCGUUUGUAUUGGAACUUUCCGAUCAUGAUCCCUCCUUUUGUUGUCAUUUUGUCACUCCCAUUCAUGUGCUGUUUCUCCGGCUCUGGAUCCAAAGUGCACAAGGAUUUGGGGAAGUUCGUUUUUUCCUAUGUUGGGUUCUUCGUUGCUAAUUGGGCAGUUCUAGCGAUCAUGACGCCGGGAUUCUUCGCCAGCCGUCUCAGUGCCACCCUCAAAGCUGACCAUGCUAUAACUUUCAAGCGGAUGUCGAUGAAAGAGGAAUUUAAGUAUUCGAUGGAUUACGAAAGCAUGCUCAGGAUCUUGACGGUGGCAACGGGCGCCGUUAUCUUUCGAGCCGUGGCCCACAUGCUCGGUCCACAAGAGGCUAAACUCAUCGCCACCCAGAGACAGCACGGAAACCCUUCGAGACGGUCCCAGGCAGCUCCCCCAGUCCAGCAAGACGGCCCCACGACAGCUCAGGACGUCCCCAAGACUGGCCCCACCACCAACGGACCCUCUGUCAAGGACAUCAUGCCGGGAAAUAUCUAUAUGAAUCUGAACCGCCCCCUGAGCCAGGUGCUUGUCAAGUUCACAGGGCAGUCGUUCUUGAUGUGGAUGUACUGUGCUUUCUUAUCAAAUAUGUGUGAAACGAGACUGCCGUACCUAAAAUGCUCAGCAGCAAGGAUGCAAUUCACAUGUAUCCGUUUUCGCUGCCGCGCAGGGCCGCGCAUACCCGUGAUCGGGCUUGGGGACGCCUCGUAG